AUGUUCGACCCCUCACUCAGCAGCGGGCGCAACAACCGCGUCAACCUAUCGACAGGCGGCGCAUCCUCCUCCUCAUCGCUGCUCGAGAACGUCCGGGCAGAACGGCUGCUGCGGGAAGAGCGAAUCAAGCAGGAGAGGGCGGCAGUGCUCAUUCAGCGAAGAUGGCGAGGACGGAGAGAAGGCGACAAGGUCAGGCGGGAGCUGCUGAGUCAGCUGGAUGAGCUGGUGACGAGUGAUGUGAUUAGCUCGGCAGAGGUGGAGAGAAGAGCGAGAGCGUUGGUCAUCAUGAGUAGAUGGAAAGGGUCUGUGGAGGUGACCGGGAGGGUGGAUAGGUUGUUGAUGGGUCUAGUCAGGUCUGGCCGGGAGGUAGAUACAGAUCAUGGCGGACUGCGGAUCCUGACCCCUUUGAGACGCAACGCUGACUACACCUCUGUCAUAGCUAUGAUACUGCGGCGAUUGCUCGCCCUUAUUGACCAAGAUCCCACAUCUGCAGCAUCAGCAGAAGCGCUCGCCUUCCUCGAGUCGACCUCGGAUCGCAAGUCGUACGAGAAGAUUGGGUGCUCGCCCGCAGUGAUUUCCGAGCUGGUGCAGGCGAUGGGCAGAAUAGGAUGGGUAGAUGGCCUGGUCAGGAUACUGGCAAAGCUCGUAAUAGCCAGCCAACCAAAGAAGAAGCAUCCGACACUUCAACCGGUCGUGCGACUGCUUACCGCUCCGAUCACACUCGCCCCUGCCUCUCCCGAACCGCUGGUCCUAGAACCUCUGAUCAACCGCCUCCUCGCCUUCCCCGCUUUACCCUCCUCCAUCCCUCUCGCGUCCCUUACUCACCUGUCUCAGACACUGCCCAUCUUCACCUUGUUGCUCCCAUACGCAGCAAGUCAUCCGUCGAUACUGGACCAGGCCGAUCUCGGUACCGAGCGAGGGAAGACAUACCUCAUCGCCAAUCUUGUCACAUUCGGUAUCACCGGUGGCCUCUUAGCGCGACACGGCAGCGGCGCAGCAGCAGCGUGGGUGAAGGUCAUGCGGCACCUGCUCGGCGGGGUCGGGGCUGGAUGGGGAUUGUGGGCGGAAGGGGACGACUCGGACGAUGAGGAUGUGGAUAUGGAGCCAGCAGGUCCAUCACUAUCAGCGGCCAUAGUCGGUACUGUGCAACCCUUACCGGCUCCCAAGCGACCCCGACAAACCCGCCCACUCCUCCCUACCAACAUCUCCAGCAAACUGCUCCUUCUCGCCUCUCCAGCACACAUGUCGGCUCUAACGACGGUCCUUACCUCUCCGGCUGCCAAGGCUCCCACAUCGCUCCUUUUGGACUUUUGCGGCUUCGCGUUGAAUCUGCUGUAUGCGUUUAGGGGUACACCGAAAUGGGAGGGGACGCUGGAUGCGCUGCUGGUGGGACAAGCGGGACGGCAGCUCAUGAAGCGAAUCUGGCGCGAAGGCGUACGGGGAAGGUGGAGUGGGAGCCAACACAAGUCCAGCUGGGAAUUGUUCGGACAAAACCCGCAAGCAUCGACACUCCUCCUCGCUACCCAGAUGUACAGCCACUACCUCCUCCUUACACCCGACGACGAGUUCUUUGCGCCAAACAUCAACCCGUUCUCGCUGGAUGAGGUCACCGAGAUCUCGGCGGUAUGGCGUGAUCUGGCGUAUUGGGCGUACAUGAGCGGAGUGGAUGACUCGGCCGGAGAAGGAAGGCGGAUGGGGAAUGAUGAUGAGAGAGGGCUGAUCACUCGGGCGAUUGUCAGAGUGGCGGAAAGAAAUUCUCGCCGGCAAUUCUUACCUGACAAUCACUGGGUUAUGAUUUCCCGGAGCGAAAACGAGGCCUUCAUCGAAGCGGCCGUCCUGGAGGAUGCGGAUCUCAUGGGGGAUGCCGACGCAGAAAUCCCCGAGAACGAGCUCCCUCGGCAUGCUCGCGCCAAACAACGGCUCAGUAAGCGGCAGAUGGCGUAUCUCAGUCCGAGGCUGGGUUUGUUGAACAAUCUGCCGAUGACGGUGCCGUUUGUGACUCGCCUGGAGAUCUUUCGUCAAUUUGUCGAAGCGGACAAGCGGAGGUUACGGCUCGAUAUGCGAACGCAAAAUCAGAACUCGAGGUAUUAUAAUGGGGCUACGAUCCAUCGAGACAAGUUAUCGGAGGAUGGGUUCAGACAGCUCAAUAACCUGUGCUCGUUCUUGAAGGGCAGGAUACAUAUUACCUUUAUUGACCAAUUCGGUGAGGAAGAAUGGGGCGUGGAUGGUGGAGGACUAUUCAAGGAGUUCUUGACUGGUCUGAGCAAGGAGGUCUUCGACACUGAGCGCGGGCUGUGGCUUGUGAACGACCAAAAUCAGCUGUAUCCCAAUCCACACGAAUAUGCCACAGAGGCACACCAACUCAGCUGGUACAGCUUCAUCGGCCGUAUCCUUGGCAAGGCGCUAUAUGACGGUAUUCUCGUCGACGUCUCGUUUGCUGGGUUCUUCCUUGCCAAAUGGCUCGGGCGGCAGUCGUAUCUGGACGAUCUGAACUCGCUGGAUGCGGAGCUCUACAAAGGCUUGACUAUGUUGAAGAAUUACACUCAGCCCGAGGAUCUCGCUCUCAACUUUACCAUCUCGAAGGAUGAGUUUGGGGUCAACAAGACUGUUGACUUGAUCCCCGGCGGAUCAGAUAUCGCUGUCACCGCCGAAAACAGGGCCGAAUAUAUCCAGCUUAUCUGCAAAUACAAGCUCGACCGCCAAAUCGCCGCCCAGUCCCGAGCCUUCUUUGACGGCCUCUCGGACCUCAUCGACCCAAAGUGGCUCCGGAUGUUUGAUCCCAAAGAGCUUCAAGAGCUUAUCGGAGGCGAGGAGAAGCCAAUCGACGUGGAUGAUUUACGGGCACAUACGACGGAAUCGGGAUUUAUCAAUGGGGAUACGACGAGAUUGUUUUGGAAGGUCGUCAAGGAGUUUGACCAGGAUCAACGGCGGGCAUUAGUGCAAUUUGUCACGAGCUGUGGGAGGCCCCCACUGCUUGGGUUCGCACAUUUGAACCCUAAAUUCGGAUUGCGAUUCGCAGGCCCGGAUCAAACUCGCUUACCGUCCGCUUCGUCCUGCUUCAACCUGCUCAAGCUACCAGGGUAUACAGAUGCGAGGACGUUGAAGGCGAAAUUGUUACAGGCAAUCAAUUCAGGGGCGGGCUUUGAUCUGUCAUGA